CUCGGUGAACACAAAAUAAAGCAGUCGGAAUUUAACAUCAGUGGAGUGCGGAUUGCAAGAUGGGUAGAUAGAGUGACAAAACCGAUAAAUCCUUUUCUUUGUGCCUACAAAACAAAUUAUCAUUAUCUGUGACACCGGGCCGUCGUAGCACCAGCUUCGAUAAAUCCACUUCCGAAAAGGAAGCGAUCACAUCCAGGUUUUUCUUUUUCACAUUACGCAGCAACCGAAAAAUGGUCGAGAGGAUUUUGGAAGAAGCGGAGAACUACGAUCCAGAAUGCAAUGGCGGCGUUACCAAUGGCGACAGCAUCGGGGGCUGCACGGGCGGUGGAGGAUCCGCCUCCGACAGCGGCGACCAGAUGGACGCCGAUGCCCGCGCCAAAGAACUAGCCCGUCGCAAGGAGGAGGCCAAGAGGAAACGCCGUAAAAAGAAACGUACCGGCUCAUCUUUAGUGUCAUCGUGUUUCCAAGAUUUGUACAAAUUAUCCGGCGAAAUCUUGGGCGAGGGUGCCUAUGCCAGUGUGCAGACCUGCGUCAACAUGUACACCGACCAGGAAUAUGCAGUGAAGAUCAUCGACAAGGUGCCGGGACAUGCAAGGGCUCGGGUUUUCAGGGAAGUCGAAACGUUCCACCACUGUCAAGGACACCCCAAUAUUAUUCAGCUCACCGAAUUUUUUGAGGAUGAAGAAAAGUUUUAUUUGGUUUUUGAGAAGAUAAAUGGAGGACAACUGUUGAGAAGGAUUCAGGAGAAUAGGUACUUCAGCGAAGCGGCAGCGGCGGAGAUUGUGAGGGAAGUCGCUUCCGCGUUGCGAUUCAUGCACGCCAAAGGAAUAGCACACCGCGAUCUCAAACCGGAGAACAUCCUAUGUGUUAAUAAAGAUAGGCUUUGUCCAGUCAAGAUCUGCGAUUUUGAUUUGGGAUCCGGAAUACGCUUCCAGUCGAGCGUUUCGAGUCCGUUGGCCACUCCACAACUUCUAACUCCGGUGGGCAGCGCCGAGUUCAUGGCCCCCGAAGUAGUGGAAGCCUUCAUCGGCGAGUCGGACUCGGUGGCGUACGACAAGCGGUGCGACCUGUGGUCGCUCGGCGUCAUCACCUACAUCUUGUUAUGCGGGUAUCCGCCGUUCUACGGCAAGUGCGGCCGCGACUGCGGCUGGGAACGCGGAGACAAUUGUAACGCUUGCCAAGACCUCCUCUUCCAUAGCAUCCAAGAGGGCCGAUACGACUUCCCCGAAGCCGAAUGGGGUAACAUAUCGGACGAGGCAAAGGAUCUGAUAUCAUCCUUGCUGGUCAAGAACGCCAGCGAACGCAUCAGCGCCGAGAAAGUUCUGCAACAUCCGUGGUUGAAAUGCGCCAGCGACUCGGCGCCGUUGACCACGCCUGCCAUUAUCAAGAAGAAUAAUUCCGCGAGGGAGCUGUCCCAGUUCGCGGAGAGCGCCAUGGCUGUGAACAGGGUGGUGCAGCAGCACUUCAGCAUGAAUCUGGACUAUCUGGAGAGGCCGAACGUGUAUCCUAUAGACGAAAAGGCGGCGCCCUACUCCGCCAAGGUGUUCGGCUUAAGCCCGCCCAGCGAGAGCAACUUAAUGCAGAGGCGGAUCAAGGGUCGAUCCUGCCAAUUUUUGUUGCCCACUCCGGCCCCCGCUAUUCCCAGUCCGAGCGGUUGAAGGCGUUGCGCAAGCAUCUCCGAUAUUUUUUUACAAAAUAAGAUUAAAAAACAAAUAAAAGAAGAAAAAAAUAUGGCGUGCACGGGCGGCGCGCAUUUUUCGUUAUUUUUCACGCAAAAUUUUUGUCUUUGUCGAUUUUACGAGAAUAUCUUUUUUUUUUGUCUCUCGUCGUUAGUCUCCGAGAGAACGUUGUUUAUUUUUGAAGAGUCUAAAGUUGAGACUCAACUGCGUCAAGACAUCGUUCGAUUUUCGAUUCCUUCGUCAGGGUCGUGCCCACCACGACAUUUGGUACAUACAUAAUCUGGAAGCCCAGGAUGUCUUGGACCAGGUCUGGCGUCUCUGGCCUAGCGUUAGUUUUUUCGGAGCUUGUUUUUUACAUUUUUUUUUUCUUUUUUUUAUUGUAUGUGUUGAGGUGGACUGAUCCAGGUCAGUCUGCAUUGUGAUAAUUAAAUAAGCAUCUAAGCGUGCGAAGUAGCGCACGAUAGACUGUAGACAGCGUACCUGCUUUAUGUUCGGUAAGAUACAGAACAUUAAAUUCGAGGGACGGGCCGUCCCGCCAUGUACUGACAGUCCAUUGUAUUUUUAAGAGUCCUAUAUAAGUUUGGAUAUUUUUUAAAUAUUUUGUAAUGCUCAAGGGUAGUUUCGGUAUUCGAAAAAAAGUGGGGGGCGCGACGAUCACAAGGUGCUUAAUUUUCGGCUAGUCCCAGUGAUAAACGAUCGCCGAAAAUUCGGCAUCAUCUUCCAACACUCAGGGUUGUAAACGGCGAGUCAUUACAAAACUUAUAUCAGAAGGGCUCGUUACGCCAGAAUGAAUGUCGUUAGUUUGUAUGUGAUAGGGUGAAAGAUUUCCCCAGGAAGAUCCGACAUGAUUGGAGGAGUAUUCUUUUUUCUAUGCUUAUUUUUUAUGGCAUUUAUUAUUGUACUGUAGCGGUACGAAAUAAUGUAUUUUCCAAUCAGUUGAUACCAAAAAAUAUAAAGAAAAAAACUAUUAAAAAAAAUAAAAUACUUUUAAGUCUUUUUCAUUCAGAUUUUCUUUAAUACCUAUAUCAAUCGCACUGAAAGUGCCAUCAUUUGUUUCUAUUUUGUGUUAUUGUAAACGCAUUAGUAUAAGGAAACUUAUUCUGUUGCCCUUUCCUCGUGUUGAUGCGUUUAUAAUUUGAGUUACAGAGAAAUUUAUAUUGUUAAAUAUUACGUAUUUUUUUUCUACAACUGAGCAAGCUAGCAUUGAGUAAAUUAGUGAUGGAAAUUUAUGUACCAAGUGUGCUUUAAUUUCAUAUAAUAAAGACCGAUUUUUUUA